CUUAUAUUCCACAAUUUCUGCCACAAACUCUCAUCAACAACUUAAUCACUAUCCACUCCGGCGAAAGGAUAUAAUAUGGCUCAUGCUAUGGCGUCAGUGGGCGGACUUCUCGGCUCUUCUAAGGCCGUCUUGGAAGGCAGCAGCCUCCAGAUCAGCGGCCCAGCCCGCCUGAGCUCCGCCACCGCCACCGCCACCGCCAGAGUGGGUUUACCCAGACCCGCCGGAGGGUUGGCCGUUAGAGCCCAGCAAGGCUCCGCCGAGGCAGAAACCAGCCGCCGUGCCCUCUUGGGCGCCGCCGCCGUCGGAUUGGCUUCUGGGUCCUUUGUUCAAGCCGUUCUUGCUGAGGCCAGGUCAAUCAAGGUCGGACCUCCUCCCCCACCUUCCGGUGGACUCCCUGGGACAUUGAACUCGGAUGAACCAAGAGACCUUCAGAAGCCAUUGAAGGACAGGUUCUUUCUGCAACCAUUGACACCAUCUGAAGCAGCAGCAAGGGCCAAAGAGUCAGCCAAGGACAUUAUCAGUGUGAAGGAUCUGAUUGCCAAGAAGGCAUGGCCUUAUGUCCAAAAUGGCCUCCGUUCAAAGGCUGAAUACCUUCGCUUUGAUCUCAACACUGUCAUCUCUGCUAAAUCCAAAGACGAGAAGAAAGCUCUCAAGGAAUUGACAGGAAAACUCUUCCAAAACAUCAGCGACCUUGACUAUGCGGCAAAGAAGAAGGACAGCUCUAAAGCAGAGAAAUACUACGCAGAAACUGUGUCAACUUUGAAUGAUGUUCUUGCAAAGCUUGGAUAGACGACAGAAUGCAUGCAUGAAUAUAAUGCUUGCCUUGAUCGUAUAUCAUCAUCACUGUACUAAUUAACCGUGUUUUGUAAGAUUAUAUUAUUCCAUUUAAGUGAGUUGAAUGCAAGACUACUUUGAACCCA